UCUUGCCAGCCGCUCUGGAGAGCCGGACCGCUCGCCCCCACCUGUCCCACCCUGGGGUCUCGCCGCCUCGCACGCCUCUUCCUACUCCGCUGGUCCCGCUCCCGGAGCCCUUGAGAGGCAGCGGGCGGCUACGACGCGCCGUCGCCUGCGAUUAAUUUCCAAACAAACGGGAAGUUAUUAGAAGCAUCUUUCAUUAGACGCAUCAUCAGUCAACUUAAAGAAAAAAGUGACGUGUGAUUUCCAUUUCAGUAAGGUGCUAUGUAAUGUGUUGAUAUAUAAGGAAUGAUUUUGUCAAAUUUUCAUGAGUUAUGGUGGCUGAAAGAUCAAUUUUGUCUUGUCGGAACAGAAGUAAAUGGCAGCACAAAAGGAAAUCUAUGUUAAUAAAAUAUUUUAUUAAACGAAAGAGGUUAUAUAAGAACUUGAAACCAACAGACUCAGCAAAUAAGGGAAGACAUGUUUCAAAUGAAUCAAAGUGCAAUAUCGCUAGACUCCAGAAGAAAAAAGUUUUCAAAAACUUUGUCAAAACAGAGAGGCCAGUGAUAAAUAACUCCUCCAGUAAUAGGGCCGACCUGAAAUCCAAUAUUAAAUGAAAAAUUAACAAAACAGAUUGAACCUGAAUUAAGUAUAUUUCACAAAAAGUUCUAAAAAUAUCAAAUUAGAAUUAAAUUGUCUUCAAAUUUCUAUUGCCUUGCUCAAAGUAAAGCAGAUGUCUUUUAGCCUUUUAUGCCAGCUUUUAUCAUGUUCUAGGGAUGACAGAAACCUUAUUUGAAGCAAACUAGUAUUUUUGUUGAAAAUGCGUAUCGGCAUCAAAGUCAUUUUUUAAGGUCUGCUCCUCAGUAAUAAUACUGGACAGUCAGCAUUCGCACCUACCAGGAUACAGAAAUUCUCUCAGAAGCCACUCAGUAAAGGAGGACCUGAUUCAGGAACAAUGUCCAUUCAGGAGAAAUCAAAAGAAAAUUCCUCCAAUGUUAUUAAAAAAUGUGAUGAUAAGAAUUUAGAAGCACAAAUUCAAGGUUCUGAAAAGAAUCUAGCAAAGAGAUCAGGUCCAAAGCAAGCUAUAAAAUCAAUGGUUAAAUCUUCUAGUGAAAGUAAAAUAAAUCAGCCUGAAUUAGGGACAUGUAUGAGUACAAGGUCAGCAAAGGCAGCAUCCAAUGAUGAAAAAGCUAGUAAGUCCAUUAAUAAAAAUAUGGUGACUCUGAAGGGACAUACUCAACAAGAAUCUACAAAAAAGAAAUCUCAGAAAAAAUCAGUGCAUGAAACCCCUAAAUCAAAUGACCAGCCUAACCGGAGAUCACAAAGACUACAGCAGCUCACGGAGGUUUCAACAAGGUCUCUGCGGAGUAGAGAAAUCCAGGGUCACGUUCAGGCAGUUAAACAGAGUUUGCCACCAGCAAGAAGAGAGUACUCUAGCAAUACUCAGAAUAAGCCUAAUAAAGUUAAAACAAGUCAAAAACAUGUGAAAAGAAAAGUACUGGAAAUAAAAUCUGACUCUAAAGAGGAUGAAAAUCCAGUUAUUAAUGAAGUAGUGAAUUCCCCAAAAGGAAAAAAACGCAAAAUAGAGCAUCAGUCAACUUAUAGUUCUCAGUGCAUAAAAGCAUCUGAAAACUGUCUUCAGAAGAAUAUUAGAAAAGAGGAAACAAAAUCUGUGCCUGUAACUUCUGAGAUAAAAAGAUCAAGUAUGGCUACUACAGUUGUCUCUAAAAAAAAUGAGAUGAAGAAGUUGGUUCAUUCACAAGUAAAUACUAGUGCAAAACUCUCCAAAAGUUCACAGCCAUCAGUGCCUGAACAAAGUAUAGAUAAUGAGCAAACAGGAAAGAAUAAACGAGGUAGCAUUCUCCAGCUCUGUGAAGAAAUUGCUGGUGAAAUCGAGUCAGAUACCGUAGAGGUAAAAAAGGAAUCUUUACAAACGGAAAGUGUAAAGGAGAAGCCUGCAGAAAUAAAAUUGGAAAAGGCUGAUAGUGAAAGACAAAUACUUCAUCAGAAGGAAACAAAUCAGGAUGUUCAGUGUAAUCGUUUCUUCCCCAGUAGAAAAACAAAGCCUGUGAAAUGUGUACUAAAUGGAAUAAACAGCUCAACUAAAAAGAACUCCAACUGGACUAAAAUUAAACUCUCAAAAUUUAACUCUGUGCAGCAAAAUAAGUUGGACUCUCAAGUUUCCCCUAAAUUGGGCUUAGUACGAACUAGUUUUUCACUACCAGCAUUAGAAAUGCCUCAUCCAGUGACUCAAAGUACAUUUUUAGGGACAAAACCACAUGAUAAAAAUAUAGCUUGCCAGCAGGAAGAAAUUAAUUCUGAAGUUAAAAGUAGUGAUAUUAUAGUUGAAAUGAAUAAAGCCACAAAAAAAGCUCCUGAAAAUUGUCAUUUGGAUAAUCAGAUAAAACCACUUCCUGACUCACCAUUGGAUAACCAGAUGAAAGAUUCUUUUGAAUCAACACCAGAUAAGAAUUUCAGCCUGCAUUUGGAAUCUAAACUGGAAAAUAAUCUAGUAGAAAAUAACACUACUGCUUCAACUGUGCUCAGUCAAGCAAAAAUUGAUGCAGGGGACAGUAAAUUUCCAGGUUCAACUCCCAAACAGCACAAUAUACUCAAUAAUCAAACAUCUAAGACCAGUGAUAACAGGGAAACACCACCAAAUCAUUCUUGGCCCAAAUGUAAUUCCCAUUUGGAGAUAACAAUUCCAAAGGAUUUGAAAUUAAAAGAAGCAGAGAAAGUUGAUGAAAAACAGUUGAUCAUAGAUGCAGGACAAAAAAGAUUUGGAGCAGUAUCCUGUAAUGUUUGUGGCAUGCUUUACACAGCUUCAAAUCCUGAAGAUGAAACACAGCAUCUGCUCUUCCACAACCAGUUUAUAAGUGCUGUAAAAUAUGUGGGCUGGAAAAAAGAAAGGAUUUUGGCUGAAUAUCCUGAUGGCAGGAUAAUAAUGGUUCUUCCUGAAGACCCAAAGUAUGCCCUGAAAAAGGUUGACGAAAUUAGAGAGAUGGUUGAUAAUGAUUUAGGUUUCCAGCAGGCUCCACUAAUGUGCUAUUCCAGAACUAAAACUCUUCUCUUUAUUUCUAAUGAUAAGAAAGUAGUUGGCUGUUUAAUUGCAGAACAUAUCCAAUGGGGCUACAGAGUUAUAGAAGAAAAACUUCCAGUGACCAGGUCAGAAGAAGAAAAAGUCAGAUUUGAAAGACAAAAAGCCUGGUGCUGCUCAACAUUGCCAGAGCCUGCAAUCUGUGGGAUCAGUCGAAUAUGGGUAUUCAGCAUGAUGCGUAGGAAGAAAAUUGCUUCUCGCAUGAUUGAAUGUCUAAGGAGUAACUUUAUAUAUGGCUCAUAUUUGAGUAAAGAAGAAAUUGCUUUCUCAGAUCCUACGCCUGAUGGAAAACUGUUCGCAACACAGUACUGUGGCACUGGUCAAUUUCUGGUAUAUAAUUUUAUUAAUGGACAAAAUAGCACCUAAAACAAAAUCUUGCCUACAGUACCAGAAGACAUCUAUUGAAGAGUGGAUUGGUUGCUGACUUUAACCAGGAACUAGGGCCAUUUUUGUUACAAUGAACUCAGGACUGGCAACAGCCAUGAGGUUGUUCCAUUUUCAUAAAGUUGGAAACAAUGCAGUAAUAGCUUAUUAUUGUUUUGUUUUUUAAAGAAGAUAUUUUAUUAUCUUUUACAGAAAUUUAUGAUUAAUGUAUUUUAUCUAUAGUUAUUUAGACAUGUUUACAUGCAGCAGAUACUUGUUCAUAGUGGACUGAAAACUAAUGCAAGGACUAUGGUCUCAGUGAUAAGUAUAUUUUGAAGUUCUUAAUAUGGAAAUAUACCAGUGUAGUUUGGUACUGUAUUUUUUUAAAUAUAUUGAUCUGCUGAUACCAGUUACAGUUUUAAAGAUUGUAUUUUCACAGAGCGGAAACCAGUAUUUUUAAGCUAUCAUUCAAGAAGGGUAUAAUAAGUGUUUAGGAAUUCAAAGCUAAUUUUUUAAGGGCCUGACAUAUACUUUGAAGGAAUCUCCACUAAAAAGCAAAGCUCCAAAUAAGCAGAAGAAAUUUGGAAUAUUGAGCUUUUUCUUCCAUUUCUCUCUUUCCUGCUCUUGAGGGCAGAGAGAAGUGGAAGGUAGUAAAGAAUUGAGUCUCCUUCUUGGAGACAUAUAAAUGACUAGAAUUAGUAAGGUACCCUCUAAAGUUUAUUAUCCUUUUAUUCUGAUUUUACUUCUUAAAUGGCAACUGGGCACACUUAGGCUGUCAACAGAACUCCAAAGAGGUUUAUAAAAACCCAUGAAAUAGUUGCAAGCUAAAUAUUAAUGACUUGGUAUCUGCUUGUUAUUCCUCAGAAAUACUACACUGAGUAUAUACCCUAAUUACUGGACUUCAUUUUGAUACUUGUCAAUCCUUCAUAGUGCCCUCUACUUUAAAAGGGUUUAUAUGUUGAAAACUGCUGUGGCCUUUUAUGACUUGUAUAUAAUGUAGGAUAAAAUAAUAAAAUACUUGAUAGCUUUUUCUAAGUAA